AUGUCAACCACAGGUCAAUGGGAUAAAAAGGGUAUGGAUAUUGCUUUUGAAGAAGCAGAAUUGGGCUAUAAAGAAGGUGGUGUACCUAUCGGUGGUUGUUUGAUUAACAAUGCUGAUGGUGCUGUUUUGGGCCGUGGUCAUAAUAUGAGAUUCCAGAAAGAUUCUGCCACUUUACACGGUGAAAUUGCUACUUUAGAGAAUUGUGGUAGAUUAGAAGGUAAAGUUUAUAAAAACACUACUCUAUACACCACUUUAUCUCCAUGUGACAUGUGUACUGGUGCUAUUUUGAUGUAUGGUGUUCCUCGUGUGGUUAUUGGUGAAAAUAUUAAUUUUAAGAGUCCAGGUGAAGAAUAUUUGGCCUCUAGAAAUACUGAAGUAGUCAUCGUUGAUGAUGAAAGAUGUAAAACUGUUAUGAAGAAGUUCAUCGAUGAGAGACCACAAGAUUGGUUUGAAGAUAUUGGUGAAUAA